CUGCCAUAAGAGCCCGGGCCGCGGCCAGUCUGCCCGCUCCGCCCCCGCCCGACAUGGCGCUCUCCGCAGACCCGCAGUUCAAGAAGCUGCUGGAGUGGUACAAGGCGAACUCCCCCAAGCUUGUCCUGCGGCAGCUGUUCGAGGCGGACAAGGAUCGCUUCCAGAAGUUCAGCUUGACUCUGAAUUCUGAUCAUGGAGAUAUCUUGCUGGAUUAUUCCAAGAACCUCGUUACAGAAGAAGUGAUGAAGAUGCUGAUGGAACUGGCAAAGUCGAGGGGUGUGGAGAGUGCCCGAGAGCGCAUGUUCAGUGGAGAGAAGAUCAACUUCACUGAGAACCGAGCUGUGCUUCAUAUUGCUCUGAGAAAUCGUUCCAAUAAGCCAAUACUUGUAGAUGGCAAGGAUGUUGUUCCAGAAGUAAACAAAGUGUUGGACAAAAUGAAAAACUUCUGCCAGAGAGUCCGUAGCGGUGAAUGGAAAGGCUACACUGGAAAGGCAAUCACUGAUGUGGUCAAUAUUGGGAUUGGUGGCUCUGACUUGGGCCCUCUGAUGGUAACAGAAGCCCUGAAACCAUAUUCCAAGGGAGGCCCUCGUGUUUGGUUUGUAUCUAACAUUGAUGGUACUCAUAUAGCCAAAACCUUGGCUGAGCUUAAACCAGACACUACGCUCUUCAUCAUUGCAUCAAAGACUUUCACUACCCAAGAAACUAUCACUAAUGCAGAAACGGCCAAAGAAUGGUUCUUACAUGCUGCUAAUGAUCCUUCAGCUGUGGCCAAGCAUUUUGUUGCCUUGUCUACCAAUGGUCCUAAAGUUAAAGACUUCGGAAUUGACCCACAGAACAUGUUUGAGUUUUGGGAUUGGGUUGGUGGCCGCUACUCUCUAUGGUCUGCCAUUGGUCUCUCCAUUGCCCUGCAUAUUGGUUUUGACAACUUUGAGAACCUGCUUGCAGGAGCCCACUGGAUGGAUAAUCACUUCCACACUGCUCCACUGGAGAAGAAUAUGCCUGUUCUGCUGGCGAUGCUGGGGGUCUGGUAUAUAAACUGCUAUGGAUGUGAAACCCAUGCCCUUCUGCCCUACGACCAAUACAUGCACCGCUUUGCUGCCUACUUCCAGCAGGGUGAUAUGGAAUCUAAUGGCAAAUACAUUACCAAGAAAGGCUCUCGUGUGGACUACAAUACCGGCCCUAUUGUGUGGGGAGAGCCUGGCACCAAUGGGCAGCAUGCUUUUUACCAGCUCAUUCAUCAAGGAACUCGCAUGAUUCCCUGUGACUUUCUGAUCCCAGUCCAGACCCAGCAUCCAGUCAGAAAUGGCUUGCAUCACAAGAUCCUUUUGGCCAACUUCCUUGCUCAGACUGAGGCUUUGAUGAAAGGGAAGACAGCUGAUGAAGCUCGUAAGGAACUCCAGGCGGCAGGACUGAGCGGAGAUGCCCUGGAGAAGCUGCUUCCCCAUAAGGUCUUUGAGGGAAAUCGACCAACCAAUUCCAUCAUGUUUACAAAACUCAACCCAUUCACUUUGGGAGCUAUCAUUGCCAUGUAUGAGCACAAGAUAUUCGUUCAAGGAACUGUGUGGGAUAUUAACAGUUAUGACCAGUGGGGGGUUGAGCUUGGAAAACAGCUUGCCAAGAAAAUUGAGCCUGAACUGGAGUCAGAUGCUCCAGUGACAUCUCACGAUAGCUCAACAAAUGGGCUCAUCAAUUUCAUCAAAAAACACAGAGCCUGAAAAGAAAGAUUUGGAGGACAUCGACAAUCUAACCACCGAAUACCCAAAUCUGUUGUAGCUGUGCUUUUUUAGCCACUUGUAACAAAAAUAGCACUUUACAGAUGUAGCUUUUUCCUCACUUGUUGCAGUUAAUAUUGUUGCGUCAAGUGUUACGAAUGAUGACUAGUUUUGUGAAACCCAGAGAUUGUAUAGUUGCUUUAUUUUUGUGGCUGGUAAUCUGUAAAGUGCUGCUGUUAUGGUCCUUGGUUCUUUUCCCUCAAAUUCCUUAAAGAUAAUCACGAUAUUAGAAAAUAAACUUAUGAUGGAUGAGUAAAACUUCUUCACUCUCUUUAAAGUGCAGACCUAGUAACAUUUGCUUUGCAGACUGACAGGUCCCUUGAAGCCAAGUAAACUAAGUUCUGUCUUUUUGCACUGAUUCUGCUGUAAGCUGGAAACUAGAAUGUUCAAAGAAUCAAAUCUACAGCUGUAGAUUUGUUCUGAUUGCAUGGUUUGCAUUUGAACAAGAUUUAUCUUUUCUUCUGAUGCCACUGUGAAAAGACGAGUUUACUAAUGCUUGAUAAAAGCUCUCUGAUUUCUCCUGAAAUUAUGGAAACCUUGUGUGGGCAACUGCCCAAAAUGGAAUACUGUUCCUGGAGUUACAGCGAUAUUGUCAUCUUCUGAACAGUUUGUCAAAGUUUGAAGUGUAAGCUUGGGAUCACUUGGAGAAGAAAUGAUUUUUCUGGUCUUUUCCAGGAGUCUGUUUUAAGUUGUUAUCAGCAGGAAAAAAGAAUGGAGAACAACAAAACUAUUUGUAGUCAAGUUACUAAUCUGCUUUCAUUCUCUACCACUGUAACUCUCUGCUAGCAGACUAGCAUGCUCUGGCUGUUGUUCUGUAACACCUUUAAUAAAGGUAAGACACAAGCAUUGAAAGGAAA